AUGACGACUAUAGCCAAUUCCACGGAAACUGAAGUUCCCAGACUGCCAUCAUCAAGUGUUCAAGAUGAAAAAAUAACGGAAAAUCUGCCAUGUGUAUUUUUUGAGGUCAAUUCCACAGUAUUGGCAUUUCAUGGUCCAUUGAUAUACGAGGCCAAGGUCCUCAAAACGCACAAGGCGAACGAGGACUGGAUCAUAAAUGCAGAGGGAAAGCACGAAAGCUUUGGUGACAACCCCAAAUUCAAUGUUGAUGACUUCCUGGAUAAAGAUUCCUUUUUCUUGCACUAUCAAGGUUGGAAGAGCAAGUGGGAUGAGUGGGUCACCACGGAAAGGGUGCUCGAAAACAAUGAAGAUAAUAGAUACAAAAAAACAGAGUUGGAGCAACUCACCAAAAGGAAACGGAAAAAGCCUUCCACUCCGUCGUUGGACGGGAAAAAACGGGACUCUCUCGACAAACUUGACAAGGGACCACCUUCCAAAAAGGCCAAGCUCACGGGCGGUAAAUCAUCAGACCCAACUCCAAACAUUCAGCUUGAAUUUAAUAACCAACUCAAGUAUAUACUAGUGGAUGAUUGGGAGUUCAUAACGAAAGACAAGAAGAUAAUAGAUUUGCCUAGCAAGUAUCCAAUCUCGAAAAUAUUGACCGACUACUACGAGUUCAGAAAGGCCAAACUCGCUACCAAGGACCAGUUGGACAUAUUGGACGAGAUAAUACAGGGACUUGAGCUCUACUUCAACAAGUCGUUGAGUUUGAUGUUACUAUACAAAUACGAGAACUUGCAAUACUUAAAUUUGAUCAAAAACGGUCAAGUUUCCAGUGAGAAGAAACAAAGCGAAGUGUACGGAAUAGAGCAUCUAUUGAGACUAUUGAUAUCUUUCCCGGGACUUUUGAGUCAGACAACCAUGGACGGGGUUAGCAUAUCGGUACUUGUCAACGAGUUGACUGAGUUACUAAAGUUUUUGACGAAAAACAUCCCUGAGUAUGUCAAUCAAUAUGUUAAUGCCAGUCCUCAAUACGACAGUUUGGCCAGGGCCUGA